GUUUUAUUUUUAAGCAAUAUGAUAACUCUUGCCUUUGGAUAAGAAGGUACCCGCAACCGGGAACUGGAACUGAGUAGUACUGUGCAGUAUUUUACCGAAGUUUGCCGGAGCAAAACGUUUCAGUCUAAGGUUGGGCAGUAAGGGAGAGCGAUCUGUAUAAGCUUGCUGUGACUGUUUUCCCAACAUGUUUCGCUUUAAACCCAUCAUUCGCGAUCGAUGGAAUACGGUGAACAGUUUGAUGCGACAUGGAGUGUCUUCGGUGCAAGAAACCAGUAUCCUGGCGAGAGCAUCGUCAUCGGCCGUUCGCGAUUCUAGGCGCCCAAAUCGAUCAUUUCUGAUGAAUCUUUUUGGCGGAAAACUUCAAACAUCCGAGCUAUUCCCAUACCCGGAACCACUCGACGGGGAGCAGAAGGAAUACGCGAGAGCAUUGGUCGAUCCCGUGCACAAGUUUUUCACGGAAGUGAACGAUGCCACCCGAAAUGAUGACACGAGCCAUGUGGACAGCCGAACGAUCGAUGCGCUCUGGGAUCUUGGAUUACUCUCCGUUUACGUGCCACCUGAGCUCGGUGGUCUAGGCUUGUGCAAUGUGCAGUCGGUACUGAUGGCCGAAAUUAGUGGAAGCUACGAUCUGGCGCUUAGUCUGCUGAUCGGUGCACACAAAAGCAUCGGAACGAAAGGAAUUCUUCUUUACGGAAGUGAGCAGCAGAAGCAAAAGUACCUUCCGAUGUUAAGCACCGGGCGUGUGUUUGGUGCAUUCGCCCUUACCGAACCCGGAACCGGCUCGGACGCAGCUUCAAUAAAAACGAAAGCCGUACUAAGCCCGUGCGGCAAGUACUACACCAUGAACGGCACCAAGCUCUGGAUAUCGGGUGGAGGACUGGCGGACAUUUUCACCACCUUCGCCCAGGUGGAAACGAUCGACACCCGAACCGGUGAAAAACGCAACAAAAUGAGCGCCUUUAUUGUGGAGCGUAGCUUCGGCGGUGUGAGCGGACCGGUGCCCGAAGAUAAGAUGGGACUGAAGUGUUCCGUUACGAAUGAACUGUUUCUGGACGAUGUGCAAGUUCCGGUGGAGAACGUGCUGGGGGAGGUUGGUGGCGGGUUUAAGAUUGCCGUCAGCAUACUCAACUCUGGCCGGUACGGGUUGGGUGCGAUGCUGUCGGGGACGAUGAAGGCGUGCAUCGAGCGGGCAGCUAUUCAUGUGAGUGACAGGGUACAGUUCGGGCGGAAAUUGAUUGAGUUUGAAAACGUGCAGGAAAAGCUGGGCCUGAUGGCGACCCAUCACUAUGUGGCGCAAAGUCUUACCUACAUGGUGUCGGGGAAUAUGGAUAGGGGUUCGGUGGAUUUUCAUCUGGAAGCGGCCGUGAGCAAAGUGUUCUGCACCGAGGCGGCGUGGUAUGUGUGCGACGAAGCCAUACAGCUGCUGGGAGGCAACGGGUUCAUGAAGUCCGGUGGAUUGGAACGGUUUCUGCGGGAUAUUCGUGUGUUUAGAAUUUUUGAGGGAGCGAACGAUGUGUUGCGGAUGUUUAUUGCGCUGACCGGGAUACGGAGCGCGGGGAAAGAUCUUGGAGAGCUGCAGAGGGCUCUGAAGAAUCCGUUGGGCAGUAUGGGCGUGAUCUUGGCAGAGGGUUCUAAGCGGGUGGGGCGCAGCGUUGGACUAGGUGGCACGGAACUGCGCCCGUUUGUAGCCAGCGAGCUUCAGAAUGCUGCCAAGCAGUGUGGUGAGAGCAUUGAUGCCUUCAGCAACACCGUGGAAUCUCUUCUCCGAGCCCAUGGCAAAGGAAUCACCGAACGACAGUUUCAACUCGCACGGGUGGCUGAUUGUGCUAUCGACAUCUACUCAAUGGCUACCGUACUGUCCAGAGCUACGCGUGCCGCGCGGUUGAACCUUCCAUUAGCCGAGCAGGAGCUGCUGAUGACGCAGAUCUGGUGCAAGGAAGCGAGUGAUCGUGUCCACCGUAACAUAAACCGUAUUCAGUCGGGCUCGUUUAAGGAAAACUACCGACGAAUGGCGGUGGUAGCGAAACACAUUUCAUCCCAGCGCGGAAUAGGUUUCACUAACCCAUUGGAAAUAGAUUAAGGUGCUUCAGAAUGUUCAUUGAGGUACAUCAGGAUGUUGAGUAAAAGU